UUGAUGUUCUUUAAAACUAUCCCCUGCUUACACUUCUUAUAGAAAGCCAACCUUGAUUAUAAAAUUCCAUAUUUACCUGACUUCACCGCCUUCAAAUUCAGAUCCUUACCUUCAUCAAUGGAAGGUCCCCCUUACGAUCUCAUCAUUCUAGGCGCCACUGGCUUCACAGGCAAGUACGUUGUUCGAGAAGCUCUCAAAUUCCUCAACCCUUCUUCUCCUCUCAAAUCUUUCGCUCUUGCCGGUCGAAACCUCACGAAACUGACCCAAACCCUCCAAUGGGCAGCUCAUCCCCAUUCCCCGCCGCCGAUUCCUUUCCUUAUCGCCGAUAUCGCCGACCCACAAUCUAUCCACCGGCUUUGUACCCAAACCAAGCUCAUUCUCAACUGCGUCGGACCCUUUCGCCGCUACGGCGAGCCGGUGGUUGCGGCGUGCGUCGAGACGGGGUGUGAUUACUUGGAUAUAUGUGGGGAGCCUGAGUUCAUGGAGAAAAUGGAAACUAAUUAUCAUGAGAGGGCGGUUCAGAGUGGGGCUUUGGUGGUUUCGGCUUGUGGGUUUGAUUCGGUUCCUGCUGAAUUGGGUUUGAUGUUCAAUUCGAGGCAGUGGGUUGGGCAAAUGGCGCCGAAUCGGAUCGAAGCGUAUUUGAGCUUGGAAUCGAAGAAGAAAAUAGUUGGGAACUUUGGGACUUUUGAAUCGGCUGUUUUGGGUGUUGCUAAUGCUGAUCAGUUGUUGAAAUUGAGGCGUUCGAGGCCUAGAAAACCUCGGCCUCAGAUCCCUGGUCCUCCUCCUCCUAAAGGACCAACUAUUGAACACAAGAAGGAGAUAGGCCUUUGGGCUGUAAGAUUACCUUCAGCUGAUUCCACUGUUGUUCGAAGAACACUCUCUACUCUAGCCGAAAACCCACAAGGUCUUCCUGGUGUUAACGAGAGCGCUGAGGAAAUCGAACAGAGGAAAACAUUUUGGUCGUCCGUGAAGCCAGCUCACUUUGGAGUAAAAAUUGGCACGAAGUCAUUGAUUGGCAUUCUUCGAAUCAUCACAGUUGGGAUGUUCAUAGGGCUGUUGGGUAAAACUUCAUUUGGAAGGUGGCUUCUCUUGACGUUCCCUUCGGUUUUCAGUCUUGGGUGGUUCCGAAAGAAGGGUCCUUCCGAAGAAGAGGUAAAUAGCGCCUCAUUCAAAAUGUGGUUUAUUGGCCAUGGUUUUAGAAGCAGCAACAAUGAGGGGAAUGUAGAACCUGAAAUGGAAAUCGUAACGAGAGUGAUGGGGCCCGAGAUCGGGUAUCUAACUACCCCAAUAAUUCUUGUUCAAUGUGCAUUGAUUGUUCUAAGCAAACGUGAGUCUCUGCCAAAAGGAGGAGUUCUAACUCCAGGUAUUGUGUUUGGACCAACUGAUCUCCAACAAAGACUCCAAGAGAAUGGCAUAUCUUUUGAUGUCGUUUCAAAGAAUGCUUAGUUAGGGAGAUUGCACUGCAAUAAUAUACUUUUUUUCUCAUAAAAUGUAUAUUAAGUUUUCUUUUUUCCAUGGUAUACUUUUAGGGAUAUCAACUGGCAAUAAUUAGUUUGUUGGUUAAAAGUACAGUCUGAAUUUCUUUUUUUGGUGGAUUAUAGUUAUAUGUUUGUUUCAUUUUUAA